AUGAGCGACUUAUUUGCUCCGCUGGUCAUAUUCUUCUUCUCAAAAGUUGGCCAUAAUGGUAGUGGCAAGUCAAAUAUUCUUCUAGGAGUCUCUUUCGUGCUCGGAGAAAUCGGAAACUCUGCCGCAGAGAGACGCCUACUUCUUCAUGAAGGGAUACACGGUCGAGUGGCCAGCGGCUUUGUCGAGCUGAUGCUGAACAAUGCAAAUAGACAACUCUGCAUGUUUAAUGCGGAUUCUGUAAUAAUUCGUCGCUCCUUUUCCCUAAGCUCUGACGACAUCACCGUGCAAGGCAAUUUAGUUAGGUCCUUACGUUUGCGUGCUUUUGUGCUUGACGUAUUCAGCAAGGCGGAAUUCGAACAGCUUAUUGAAUGUGCAAGUCUAUCUGGUGGUGGCGACCGUGUGGGCCGCAGCGGCACUAGCAGCACUUUUAUAAUUCAUCAAGGACGAAUACAGGAGGUUGCGUUGCUCUCUGCUGCUGGUCGACUGCGUCUGCUUCUGUCUGCUGGCUCUGGCGCCUUCAUUGAUGCAAAAGCCAAGGAGACCGAACAGCUACUUCAGCAAGCAGCAGUCGAGCAGGAUGCUGUCACAAGGACGCUCAACGAUCUCGAAAAGCAGCUCAAUGACAUGGAUAAAGAAAGGCAGGAACUACGUCUUUGUGUCGAGAUGGAGAAAGAGAAGUCACAUAUUGAAGCUGCCAUACAUCAGGCGGACUGGCUACAAGCAACAGAAGCCCUUAGGCAGUUAGAACAGCAACAAGAGAAGCAUCGGUCGUCCGUCCGCCGCCUUGCUGCUGCUGCUGCCGAAGCCGAGUCGAUGCGAGACGAAGCAGCAACCCAGCUGGCGAAUUGUAAACUGAAGCCCUCAGCAAGCCCAAACCCAACGAUUCUUCUGCAGUGCCAGGAAACCCGUUUGCGUUUGGAGUCAGGUCUUCUAGCUGAGAGGGCGGAAACCCAGCAGCAGAAAUCUGAUACUGCAAAGAAAGCACUAGAGGAGAAGAAACGGCAAAUGCGGCAAAUCCAGAAGGAACUAGAGGACAGCUUGAAGCCUCAGCAUGAUGCUGCUGUCUCUGCCUAUCGAAAAGCACAGCUGGAACAUGCACAGCUGCAGCAGCAGCUACAGCAGCUUCAGCAACGCUCAACUCGCUCGGUUGUAUCUACAGCAGCACGGCAAGCGGCAAUAAAAGAAGAACUUAAAGAAACAGAGCAACAACAAAGAGCAGAUGCGGCAGAGUAUAAGCAAAACAAACGAAAGGCUGAGCUGCUAAGAAAGGAAGUAGAAGAAGCGCAAAUGGCGGCAGCGGCAAAAGCAGCUGCCGCAGCAGCAGCAGCGGCAAUUGUGAAAGAAACGACAAGACAAAUUUCCAGCCUAAAAACGCCGCUCGAAGAGGUGGUGGAGCAGCAGCGGCAACAACAAGCAAGGCUUUCAAACUUACUACAGCAGCGUAAUGCUGCAGCAACGAGUAUUCGGACAGCCACAGAAGAGAUCGCUAAGAGGGAAGGCUGGGACCAAGGUGGAGGCAUUGCAGCACCUUUAGCUAGCUUCCUGCACGUCGAUACUGAGUACCAUCGUGCCGUUGAAUCUGUAGGGGGGUACUGCUUGUUUCACUUCGUUGUUAAAGACUCUGCAAAGGCGUUGGAAGCAGUGGCCCGUCUCAAGCAGCAGCAGCAGGAGCAGAAGGGUUCGCUUCUACAACGGAAGUGCUGUGUCUCUGUCAUCCCCAUAAAGGAUGUAGCUGAGCAGCAGCAGCGCCAAAAUAGCCGGCGGCACCAACAACUGCAGCAGCGUCUUCUCGAGGAAGGUGUCGCGAUGCCACUCACGGAAUGUAUUCAGAUUUUGCCUGAGGCAGCAGGAGAGCAUGCGACUGCUCUCGAGACGUACGUGCAUACUGUCUUCUCUCGUUCCCUUCUCGUGCCUUCUCUGGAUACACCUGAGGUUCAGAAGUGGAACAAUAUGGGUUUCGACUGUGUCAACAUAGAAGGGGACGUAUCCUUUGCUUCUGGUGCCAUGAGGGGAGGCGGGCACCCCAAGGGAGACAAACUUGGGGCUUAUUUCGCUUUGCGCGAGUAUAAGAAGAAACACAAGGACAUUAGUGUCGAGUUAGAUUGCCAGCAGCAAAUGCUUGUACAACUCCAGCAAAGACACAAGGAACUGUUGCAGCAAGAGCAAAUAUUGAUAGAAAAACGAAUGGAAGCUUGUCAUAACGCCGAGACAGCAUUAGCAGAGCAACAGCAAAGCGAGAUGGCCCACCGCGCUGCCACCUCCCUACUCUCCGCUUUGAAAGAAGAAGAAACGGCAACCGCAACGCGUGCUGCAGCUCGCAAACAGCUUGUUCAGUCCCUACGCCACGAAGCCUUACACGCCAGGCAGCCUGCACUAACUGCUGCAGAAGAGCAGCAGUUGAAGCAGCUACCACAGCUGCUCCAGCAGCAGCAAGAACAGCUGCUGCAGCUUCUACGCCGAGUUGAAGAGACAGGUGGAUCCAUCAGCAAGGCAGAACAACUACUUGAGGUCUCUUUGCGAAGAGCGAUCGACCGUGUAAUUAAGCUCUGA